AUGUCGUACAACAUCCCAACGCAAGAGACUCCCAAGCCGCCUGGCCAGGUCCGGCCAUACCCUGCUCCCACUUCGACUGGAAAAGUGGAAUUCACAGUACCAAAGACUGGAGAGAAGACAACGACCAUAUAUCGCAUUUGGGGCCAGGUGACUCCUGAGUCGACACCACUUGUWUGCCUUCACGGCGGACCUGGGAUGUUGCACAACUACAUUCUUCCCAUCAGCUUGAUCUACGCAGACUAUGGAAUUCCAGUCAUCAUGUGGGACCAUCUGGGCUGCGGCGACAACACUCAUCUCAAACACCACGCCGGAGAUACAUCCUUCUGGACAUUCGCUCUUCACAUUGCCGAACUGGAGAACCUCAAACGCCACCUCAAUAUCCAAGACUUCUAUCUUCUUGGCCAGAGCUGUGGCGGCAUGGAAGCAGUAGAGUAUGCAGUUGAUCACCAACCCAAGGGCCUCAAGAAAUUGAUCAUCUCCAACUCUCCUGCUGCGAUGCCAACUUGGAGCAAAGCGUGCAAUGGGCUGAGAGCUGCUUUACCACAAGAUGUGCAAGACGCUCUGGWCAAGCACGAAAAGGAAGGCACAACGCCACAUACAUUUAGCACAGUCACUAAUAAUACCCUUCUUUACCCAGCAUCGAAAGAGUACGAAGAAGCAACCAUUGCUUUCUACCGCCGUCAUCUUUGCCGUGUUGAUCCAUUUCCGCCAGAAAUCGAGGCAAGCCUGGCUGGCGUGGCUGCGGAUCCAACGGUGUACAACACGAUGAACGGCCCGAGUGAGUUUACUGUUGUGGGAACUGUAAAGGACUGGGACUAUACUCCCAAGUUGCAUACCUUGACAAAUGAGAGUAUCCCUGGCGGUGUCUUGUUGAUCAAUGGAAAGUACGACGAAGCGCAGGAUGAAGUUGUGUGGCCGUUUUUCCACAACAUUGCGGCGAGGACGAAGUGGAUUACAUUCCCAUUAAGCUCGCAUACUCCUUUCUUGGAGGAGACAGAGGCUUACAUCAAGGCUCUUGGCGAGUUCUUGCAGGCUAAGUAG